AUGAUACCAACCACCAGGGUCUUCGCGCUUCUGGCAACGGUGCUACUACUCCUGACGCCUUUUCUCGCAUCGCCACACAGUCCUCUCGGUAGCAACAGCAACAUUGGCAUCCAUUACCCGGACGUUUCAGAUCUGGAUUCCAAGGCCGUCGUCCGGUUUUCACUUCAUCGUACUGAGCUCUCGCCUUCAGCUCUCUCCAGACGCGCAACAAUGUCGGUUGAACACACAGAGCCCGUGGUCCAGGUUUCGCUGACGACGGUCCCCAAGGAAUACGGCUACACGGCCACCUUCUCUCUCGGCACCUUCCGCUCCACUACACAACCCGGGCAACAACAGCAUCAGCAAGAGCAUUUCAACCUGUUGGUCGACACAGGUUCAGACCUGGUGGUAGUCGUGUCUUCAGAAUGCAAAUACCCAGAAUGUGUGUCAAUGAGCCAUCGGUAUAACGCCUCGGCGUCGAUCACGGCCAGGCCGACCCAGAAUCGGUUGACGGGUACCUAUAGGUGGGCGCAGCUCUACGGGGAUGGGACGGUCGCGAAUGGGUCAUUGGUCAGUGAUACGAUCCGGUUUGUUUCUAGUUCCGGGACCGCAACUUUGGCAGGUACAGAUACUAAGAUCAGAACCGGGAUGGGGAUGGAGAUGGAAACUAUGUUGGAGGUGAAGGACCAAACGGUGCUGGUAGUUGACCAACCGGGAUUACGACUGUUCAAGUCCUAUGGCGCAGGAGUCGAUGGGAUCAUUGGGUUGAAUCUUCAGAGUCCGAUUAUUGCGGCGACUGUGGUCCAGAAUCUUCAAGAGGCCGAGCAUCUGGCUUCCUCGACGCUGUCGAGAGAGGCAUACCCUGCCUCGAGUGGGUUGAGGAUUUGGGAUGAUGGGACGAAAGGGAUGGGGUUUAUGAGUCUUUGGUUGAGUGGAUCGAUGGAGCGAGGAAAAGGUGGAGAGCUGCUGUUGAAUGCGGUGGAUAGGGCAAAGUUCCGAGGAGAGAUCCGGUGGUCGGAUCGAGGGCCGAGUCCGUAUGAUUGGGCAGUACAGCUUGAUCGAGGGUUGCUGUUGCGCGAUGCCGGUACCUCUGCGAGCGUGGUGGGGACGACGUGGACAGUGCCGGGGUCGGAUGGAUCGUAUGCGGUGAUCGAUUCAGGGUCUGAUGGGAUCUAUCUCCCACGAGAGAUGUAUGAUGCACUGUUCAAGCAGGUUCCGGGGUCAAAGCAGCUCGCGAAUGGGUAUUGGAGAGUUCCCUGUGAGGGGACUUUGGAGUUUUGUAUGGGGAUCGGAGGGGCCGUGUAUCGGAUUCCGUAUGAGGAAUGGGUGAAGAAGUCGGAUUUGGGGACGAGCGGUGGUUUGCCUGGGAUGUGUCAGGCAAAGGUGUUUGGGAGCUCACCCGGACCCGUGCUGCUGGGGACGGCAUUCUUGAGGAGCGUUUACACGGUAUUUGAUUUUUCGAGGCCAGGGUAUGAGCGGGUCGGGUUUGCGGCCCUGGCUUGA